UCGUAUCCUCGUUUUCAGGAUUCUCCGCCGACUCGCCAUUUCCACACCUGCGACUUGCAGCGGGGCUUGUCCUUGGACACCGCUCUCCAUGGAGCUGCCUCCGGUGAAUCAGGAUGUCGUUGGGAUCCAAGAGGCUUUGAGGUCUUACGGCGCGGCAGCGCGGUACUCGGCGCCCGACUCGCCCCCCCCCGCGGCGGCGGCGCGAGAAGCGCAGUCGGCGCCCAAAGUGGAAUCCUACCCGGCCUUCUUGAAUGUCCAGGCCCCUCCAGAGGACCAUUUGGAAGAGGUGCGGGAGAGACGCUUACGGCUGAUGGCUCAAGAGAAGGCCCGCCGGCAAGCGCGAAAUCGAAAAACUGCUGGCUAUGCGAUCCAAGAGCCUGGACAGCCACCAGCAGUAUAUGAUCCUGGACCGGCUCCGGAGCCCAGACCAGCUCCACGGCCUGCAGCUCCGGAGCCCGGCUUUGCCGAGCGCGCGGCCGAGGCGGCCUUCGCUGCCCGGGUGGCACGCGGAGCGUACGAGCAUCCGGGGAGCGUGGGACAGCGUGCGGACCCCGAGCUGGUCCAGCCGCGUCUGAGUCGCAACGACGACUUUAACGGCCUCUGGAUGGAUGACACCGGGAAGAGCUACGAGCUACAGCAGGUCGGCUCGGUGGUGACGGAACAGCGGCAGCAGAGCUAUGGUAUGGCCAUGCAAAACGAGCUGACCAUGUUCGGUGCCAUUGGGACCCUGGUGGACGACCUCAUCCGUUGGUCGGACGGCAGCGUUUGGGCACGCGAGGCGACGACGGGCGAGGGCGGCAGCUCCGGUCCGCACCGCUCGGGCGCCAACUUGGGCUCCCUGGGCGGCUUCGCGUGGAAGGCCGCGGCACGGCGGCAGCGCCUGGCGCCAGAGCUGCCAGAGCUCUUCACGGCGCCUGCAGGGCCAGGGCCAGGGCCAGACAUGUCAGGGGACUGGGAGGAGACCAAACAGGAGAAUGAGCAGCGCCUAUGGUUUGCACCCUGGGUGCACGAGGGCAAGAGAGGCUUGUAAUGUUUCAGACCAAUUCGACGCAUGCGAUCCGAUGCCGAGCCCACAGGUGCAGCGAGAUGCGAUGAUUUUGUCGGAGUAGAAAAA